GCUCCCGGAAGUCGGCGCCGCGUGACCGGAAGGCGGAAGGAGGCGAGGCGCCAGCUGAGGGGCUCGCCAGGGACCCCUCCGUCCCCUCAGCCGAAGCAGCCGAAGCCGCCUCGGCCCCGCCGGCCGCCGCCGCCGCCGCCGCCAUGGGCUGCUGCUACAGCAGCGAGAACGAAGCCUCCGACCAGGGGGAGGAGUCCAAGCCCCUGUUGGCGCCAGCGUCCAGCCCUCCCAACAAGUCCAUGAAUGGGAUGGAGUCCUGCUGCACUCUGCCUUCAGCCCGGACGGACGAGCAGGCCCUGCUCUCCUCCAUCCUCGCUAAGACAGCCAUCAACAUCAUUGACGUUUCGGCCGCAGAUCAGCAGCAGAUGGAGCAGCACGAGUACAUGGAUCGGGCCCGGCAGUACAGCACCCGGCUUGCCAUGCUGAGCAACAGCCUCACGCACUGGAAGAAGCUGCCACUGCUGCCCUCGCUGACGAACCAGCCACACCAAGUCCUGGCCAGCGACCCCGUGCCCUUCGCGGACCUGCAACAGGUCUCCCGGAUAGCUGCCUACGCCUGCAGUGCCCUGUCCCAGAUUCGCGUGGAUGCGAAAGAAGACCUGGUGGUCCAGUUUGGGAUCCCUUGAUGCUCAUCCUCACGGCCUGGUUCUCGUUCUCCUCCUCCGCUUUUAAUUUCUCUCCUCCCCACCGCUGGCUUGGCACCGCAGGGGACCUCGCGCACACAAGGAGACACUGAAUCUAUUACCUGGCCACAGAGACAAUAACCUGUGGGCAGCUGAAGCUGGCGAGGCCCAUCACUUGGUGCUGCUCUCCUCUUCUUCCUCCUCCUCUUCCUCCUCCUCCUCUUCCCCCUAGCUUGGCAAGGCGGUGUCCGGUCAGGCUGGCCAAGGGUCAGCCAUGAGGAGGAAGGGCGGCUAUGGGACUCACUCAGAGGGGGGGGGGGCGGCAGCCGGUGGGCUUCCUUUACCUUUGUGGUUGUGGCUCUGGCAUUUUUGACUUUGUGUGGGAGGGGAGGGGGUGGAGGGGCACCAGCAAGACAGAGGGGGCUUCUCGUCCUUCCCCCCCCACCCCCACUGAGCUGGAUGGUGCCCCUUCCAUCACCUGAUCUUUGGCUGUUUUAGCGCAGGGAAGCAGCACUGGUGAAAGCACAGCUUGCUUUUUAAGGGCUGGGGGGGGGGGAGAAAAGCCACACAGCCACGGAAGCGAACCCUUUUGAUCUGAGCGUCCUCUUUGGUCUGUACCCCUCCCCUGUUUUACUUAGCUGAGCUGUCAUUUUAAUUUUUUGAUUUGUUUUCUUUUGGUUUUUGUUUGGUUUUGCUAAAGUAGGUUAAGAAAAGUAUAAAUAUAUUCAUCUGAG